AAUCAAUUAAGUAUCAACUUGUGAACCAUACAUUUAUAUAAUAAUAAUGUUAUCAACUGGGCAAACUAAGACUAAAAAACCUAUUUGUCGUUCAAAAUCAUGGAAGAAUGAAAAACAUUGUAAACUAUUUCAUGAACAUGAUAAAAAUAAUCAUGAGAUUGUACAAAUAUCUAAAAGAACAUCAAAAUCUGUUACUAUAUUACCUUAUCGAUUAAAAAAUUCACAAUUCAAUGAUAUACAAUUUCAAUCAAAUUUACAUUGUAUUGAUCAUAUAAAACAAAAUUUCCAUGAUGAUCUAUAUUCAUCUGAAUCCAUGUCACCUAUUUCGACAUUAACUUCUAUAACACCUAUGACAUCACCUUUAUAUUAUUCAAAAUUUCGUAAUCAUAAAUUAUUUACAUGUGAAAAAAUGGAAGGUGAAAAUUUAUCGUCAACAUCAUUAUCAUCAUCGACAACAACAACACCUUCACCUCUACCACCACCGCCACCACCACCACCGUUAUCGAAAUCAUAUUCAUCUACUGGACAUUUUUUUACACCAAAUCAAAUAUUAUGCAAUAAUGAACAUCUUAAUUUAUCUGUAAAAGAUAAGUGUCAAAUAGAUUCUUCAAAUGGUAUUAUUAGUAAUAGUGAAUGUACAGGAAAUUCAUCAUUCAUCUACAAUAUUAAAUCAAUCUUCAAUCGGCUUGUUGACAACUUACGUAACAGGAAUAAUCUUAGUCUUAGUAACAGUAUCAGUAAUAGUAAUAAUAGUGUUAAUAACAACAGUAAUAAUAAUAGUAAUAAUGGUAAUAUUCCGAAUACAGUUAAAAUUAAUGCAAACGGUGAUAAAAUAUCAACAGUAAAAUCGAAUAGAUUACAGAUAUCAUGGUUGACAAAAUCCACUACUCAAGAGCAAAAUCGUGUCCAACAAGUGUAUACACCAACUUCAACUUCCGUUACCGAUGAUGUUCCUAUUGAUAUGACUAAUGUUAAUUGUUCUGAUGUAUUUGGGAGAUAUAGAAAAUGUAAUUCUUAUAACAGAUCAAAAGAAGAUCAAAUUCCUGACAGUAUAAACAUUCAUGAUCAAAAUAAUGAAUUAUGCAAUAAACAAAACCUUAUCAUUGAUAAUGUAAAUAAAUCUGAACCUACUACACAAACCCAAUAUACAAAUACAACUAAAGAUGUAAUUCAAUCUAAAGAGAACAAGCCAGGACAACCAUAUAGUAUGUCAUGUUUUACAAAUCAGUCUAAUUGUUUUGAUCAUAUUCAUGAAUUGAAUCAAUCAAAAAUCUAUCAUAACAAUAAUCAACUUUAUUCAUGUAAUUCAAUGUGUAAACAUGAUCAUAAUUAUUCUAAUAAUGAAACUAGUUUAUUAACAGAUAGUUCACUUAAUUUCAAUCAAUUGAAGUCUAAUAUGAAGAUCAACAAUAAACUACCUUAUAGAAGUAGUAAUACAUUUCAUAUAAAAUCAAAUAUUGAUCAUCGAAAUAAAUUAAAACAUACUACUUAUUCUCAUCAUCACUAUGUUAAACAUUGUCUAUCAUCAUCAUCAUUAACUCCACAUUCUAUACCAGUUCAUCGAAUGAUUCAUUCAACUCCGCCAUUUACAUUGAAACAUUUAUCAACUAUACGGAAUAUGUAUGAACAAAAUGAAUAUUCUACAAAAAUUGAUAAUAAAAAUUAUAUAAUUAAUAAUAAUAAUGAAUUAUCUAAUAAUGAAGAUCAAUCUGAAUCAGAAUUAUCAACAUCAUCAUCAGCAGCAUCAUCAACAUCAGCAUCUCAAUUACCAUCAUUUGAUCGUCCACGUUUUUAUAGUAGUAAUAUGAUUUUAUUAAAACCACCAAAUCAUCAUUCACAUAUGAAAUUAAAAUAUAUUACAGAACAAAUUCUUUUAGCUAAAUCAAUAUUUGAUGGAAAUCAAUCUAAAAAAAGAUCAAAUUCUUGGUCAGUUCAUCGUGGUUUUAAUCUAAACUCUUACAAAUGUGAAAGAUCGAAAAAUCUGGAAAGUGAAGAUGAGUUUAGCACAGACGGAACUGGAAGACCAUCGGAAUGUGAAUUCAAUAUCCCAUUUCAUGAUAUAAAAUUACUUAGAUGUUUACAAAAAGGUGAACGUAAAGCAAUUUAUAAAGGCCAAUGGCAUGGCGACGUUGAUGUACAUAUUUUUGAAGAUUUAAGUCGUACAGAAAGAAAACGAUUUUGGCAAGAUAUUACACGACUUAUGAUGACUAGACAUGAAAAUAUUGCUUUAUUUAUGGGUGUAUGUGUUAAUCCGCCUAAUUUUGCCAUUGUAACUAGUGCAUGUAAAGGUAUAUCACUCUAUACUAAACUUCAUAUAAAACGUGAAAAAUUAUCUCAUACAAAUCAAUUAUAUUUAUUACGUCAAAUAGCUAAUGCUAUCACUUAUUUACAUAGCCGAAAUAAUCCCAUUGUAGUACGUCGUUUAUCGAGUAAAAAUAUUUUUUUAAAACCUAAAAUGAAUUUGUAUUUAACUGAUUAUUCAAUGGUAGAUUGCGAUUAUCAAGUACCAGAUCAUAUACCAAUUCCAUUAGAUGGAUUAAAAUAUAUAGCACCAGAACUUUUAAUUCAUAUUGAUAAACAAUUAAAAAAAUUAUAUGAAAAUAAUUGUCAAUUCAUAAUGAAUAAAUCAAAAUUCAUUGAUUUACCAAACUAUGAUCUAUCUAAUCAUAAAUCAUCUACAUUAUCUACAAUUCAUUUAAUGAAUAUAAAUAAAUUAGAUUCAUUGAAUUCAUUCAAUUAUAAACAAUUAAUGAAAUCUCAUUUCAUUAAAUCAACUCUAAUGAAAUCAUGGUCUAAUCUAAAUAAUACAAUUGAUAUACCAAAAUUAUCAAAAUAUAUUUCAUUACCAAAUCUAUAUUUAUCGGAACAAUUAAUGAAUAAUAAUAAUAAUAAUAAUAAUAAUAAUAAUAAUAAUAAUAAUAAUAAUAAUAAAAAAUCAAUGAAAUUCAUUAUACCGCAUAAAAUGAAUUUCAUGAAAACAAUUCGUCAAUAUAUAUCAAAAUCAGAACAAAAAAAUUUAUUCAUUAAAUGUGUACAUAUACCUGUAAUAGAAUUUACUACUUAUACUGAUAUCUUUGCAUUUGGAACAAUCAUAUUUGAAAUAAACACUCGAUGCUAUCCAUAUGAAGAAUUGGAUUUAUGUCACUGUAUUAAAUAUUUACUGGAUGGUCAGCGAGAUGAUGGUCGUGCAUACUGCAUACCGAGUUCCAUGAAGAUUCUUAUGUUUAAGUGUUGGUCAAACGAUCCAUCUAAAAGGCCUUCAAUGAAUAAAAUUACUCAAGAGCUAAUAGAAAAUCAUGGUUUGUAUCGACGAAAGAACUCGGAUCCAGUUCAUUAGGAAUUUUACGAAAUUGUCAAGAUAGGAAAUACCUGGUUUAUUAUGAUCUUGAAAAAAAAACAAUGAAUUCUCUAACGAAAUACCUUCUUCGUAUAAUGUAUUAUACAUAUUUAGUUUUGAGAAAAUAUAAUUGCAAUUUUUUUU